AUGACUGCUUUGACACGUCUCCAGCCACUGCCAGUGGCAUCACCUCGUCCGUAUGCAUUAAGCAAGCCAGUAACCAGGCCCCUGCCUAUCACCUUGGACUAUACCCUGCACGAUCUAUAUGUUUUGGACAACGACGAUGGCCCUCACAACAUCAUCCUAGCCUAUGAUCACCCUUGCAAGUUCCCUCGAGACCAGAUUAGCACAUCGUCGACGGUACAAUUUCUCUACGCAGGCAAUUUUCCAGGGGCGGAUGCAGAGGAGGAGUUCCCUAAUAUAUCGAAGCGCGGCGUUGCUCAGCGAUAUUCUUUCGUGGCCGGUCGUGCAUCGGUUAUCAUGGUCGAUCUGAGCGGCAGUGGAGGGGAUGACCUCGCCGCUAUCGUGCACACUUCAAAAGAAGAUAUAUUGGCUGUCUACAACCAGCUUUGUCCCGAUCAGCGACCUAACGUGCAGUUCAUCCGGAAUGUACACGAUAUCCAGCUCGACCCAGAUUCGCGCGCAGCCGUGGUCAUACCACAGGACCAUCUAUGCCAUUUCAAUCAAUUAUUAGAUCCAAAAGUGCACUAUGAGAUUCUUUCGAAGCGCUGGCUCGCCCUGUGCGGUCUGCCUACACCGAAGUCUAGGGUCAUCGACCCACUCCCGAUGGAGACCCGGGCUGGACGGGAUGUAGAGAUCAAACGGAUGCUGCACGCUGUUCAAAUACAAGCCCUCCCAUUUGUGGUUAAAGUGUCAAUUGCUACCUCUGGUCGGGGGACAUAUGUCGUCUACAGUGAGUCGGAGAGAAGAAGUACCUCCAACGAGCUCCGCAGCCUCCUAGAAGACAUCCUUGAUAAGGUUCAUGAACAGAAUGAGGGACUAUACCCGGCCAGCUUCGUGAUCCAAGAGCUAGUGCCCGGCGAAGCCCAUGGGGUGACAUUCUUCGUGACCAAAAAGGGACGAGUUGUCUAUCUGGCAACAUGUCAACAGCGUUUCGACGAGGAUGGCUACUGGCACGGCGCACACGUUUCGUACCUUUUGGAGCCGGCCUUUCAACAUCGGUACCGGAAUACCCUCGAAAUACUGGCCAAGGAAUUACACAAGAAGGGGUACUACGGGCCUGCUGGAGCAGAUAUCAUGACGGAUAAAAAUGGGAAGCAGGUGAUUGUGGAUGUCAAUCCGCGUGUCACUGGGUCAUAUCAGUUAGGCCUGCUGAAGACCCAUUUCAUGCAGCGUGGGCUCUUCGAGGCGGCUGUUCUGACGCCGUUGACCAUGCGAUGCACGCGGGGUACAUUCGAGGGACAGUUUGCGAGAGAGAUCAUGGAGGGCAGGAUGAUCAUCAAUUCCUGGGUACAUGAUUCCAAAAGAGAGUUCAGCUAUGCUGCUGUGACGGUGGGUGGGGAGGACACUGUCCAGCUGGGUCGGUUGGUUCGGAUAAUGGAGACAUUUGUCAACACGGGGGAGUAUUCAGUAGGUGCUGGACUAUGACUGUAUAAGAAAGUGUUAUGUUGCUUUUCAUGGGAUGAGUCUAAUGUAACAAGUAACAGUCUAUAUACUUUUCUAAACCAAUUCACCUAUCUAAAACAUCCCACAACAAGACCACCAUCCCAACCCACGACGUCCCUCUCCACCACCCCACCCCUUUUCAUUCCACUCCUCACCCUCAUAACCCUCACUCGCAUCCGGAUCAUCUCUAUACCUCCCUUCCCCUCCCCCUUGCCUUCGAACUGACGCCUGAAUCCCCUUAAUCCACUGCACCUCCAACUCAAACGCCCCCUCCUGCUCCCCAAAGAAACUAUCACCCGUCAGCACACCCCUGACCCCCUCAAAUAACAAAGACAAAAAAAAAAAAAAAAAGGAAACCACUCACCUCCGAACCA